AUGCCGCCGCCGCCGCCGGAGUCCGCGGACCCCGGCCUCGAGGAGUGCCUCCGGCUGCUGGAGGCGGUGCCGGCCGCCGCGGCGUCCUCCCCGGCCUUCCGCCGCCACUGGCCGUCCAUCUCCGCCUCGCUCGCCGCGCUGUCUGCCGCCCUCGCCAGCCCCGCGUUCCCCCCCAGCGCGCCGCUGCUCGCGCCCCUCGCGGCCGCGCUCGGCGCGCUGAUGUCCGCCGCCACGGACGCGCCGAGGCUCGCCGCCUCGCUCGCCCAGCUCGCCGCCGACGCGCGCCUCCUCGCCACGCCGGCGCCACCCCCCUCCGCCGGCGCCGCCGCCGGAGCUGAUUCCGGCGCGGACGCGCUGAUCUCCCGGCUCCGCCUGGGCUCCGCGGCGUCCCGCGCCACCGCGCUGGAGGAGCUGGCGGGCACCGCGGCGGCGCUCCCGGAGUCCGGCGCCGUGGUGCCCCACCUUUGCCGCGCGCUGGAGUCCGGCGGCGCGGGCGCGGAGCACGCGUGCGCGGCGCUGCUCCCGCUGACGGCGGCCUCGCGGGACGCCUCGGCCGCCGUGGCCGCGCGCGGCGGGGUGGCGGCGCUCCUCGCGGCCUGCGCGGGCGGGACGCCCGCCGCGCAGGCCGCGGCGGCCGGGGUGCUCCGCAACCUCGCGGCCUUCCCGGACCUCCUCCCGUGGUUCCGCGACGAGGGCGCGCUGCCGCUGCUGCUCCAGCUGGUCUCCCUCGGCACCCCGCGCGCGCAGGAGCUGGCGCUCGGGUGCCUACAGAACCUCACCGCCGGCGACGGCGACGAGGGCCAGAGGCUCAAGGUCGAGGCCUUCCAGGAGGGCGCGCUCGCUUGCGUCAAGGACUUCCUCGACGCCGCCGCGGCGACAAGCCGGAUCGCCGUGUCCGCCCAAUUCGCCGCGCACGUCGCCGCCGCGCUGGGCAGCGACCGGUCCCCCACCCGCACCGAGGCCGCCCUGGCGCUCGCCGAGCUCUGCGGCAACUCCGCCGGCAAGUCGAGGCACGAGGUGGAGGACGCCGUCCCGCGGCUGGUGUGGAUGCUGGAGGCCAAGGCCGUGUCCGAGCGCGACGCCGCGGCGCGCGCGCUGGCGGCGCUCCUCGCCGCGUCGGGCGCGUGCCGGAAGCUGUUCCGGAAGGACGAGCGUGGCAUCGCGAACGCCGUCCAGCUCCUCGACCCGGCGGGCGCACGGGGCGUCGACCGGCGGUACCCCGUGACGGUGCUGCUGGCGGUGGCACAGUCCCGGCGGUGCCGGAAGCAGAUGGUGGCCGCCGGCGCGUGCGGGUUCCUGCAGGGCCUGAUGACGGCGGAGGUCGACGGCGCCAAGAAGCUCGCCGAGUGCCUGGGAAAGGGGAAGAUGCUCGGCGUGUUCCCGCGGACGUGA